CAUGUAACCGGCGCCGCCCGGAGCCGAGCCGCGCGGGCCCCAGCGACUGCGCGCCAUGGGGGACGAGGACGAGGACGAGGGCUGCGCGGUGGAGCUGCGGAUCACGGAAGCCAACCUGACCGGGCACGAGGAGAAGGUGAGCGUAGAAAACUUCGAGCUGCUCAAGGUGCUGGGUACAGGAGCCUACGGGAAGGUGUUCCUGGUGCGGAAGGCGGGAGGGCACGACGCGGGCAAGCUGUACGCCAUGAAGGUGCUGCGCAAGGCCGCCCUGGUGCAGCGCGCCAAGACGCAGGAGCACACGCGCACUGAGCGCUCGGUGCUGGAGCUGGUGCGCCAGGCGCCCUUCCUGGUCACGCUGCACUACGCCUUCCAGACCGACGCCAAGCUGCACCUCAUCCUGGACUACGUGAACGGCGGGGAGAUGUUCACCCACCUCUAUCAGCGCCAGCACUUCAAGGAGGCCGAGGUGCGCGUGUAUGGGGGCGAGAUUGUGCUGGCCCUGGAGCACCUGCACAAGCUGGGCAUCAUCUACCGGGACCUGAAGCUGGAGAACGUGCUGCUCGACUCUGAAGGCCACAUUGUGCUCACAGAUUUUGGGCUCAGCAAGGAGUUCCUCACAGAGGAGAAAGAGCGGACCUUCUCCUUUUGUGGCACCAUCGAGUACAUGGCCCCUGAGAUCAUCCGCAGCAAGUCGGGGCACGGCAAGGCGGUGGACUGGUGGAGCCUGGGCAUCCUCCUCUUCGAGCUGCUGACGGGGGCCUCGCCCUUCACGCUGGAGGGCGAGAGGAACACGCAGGCGGAAGUGUCCCGACGGAUCCUGAAGUGCUCCCCUCCCUUCCCCCCCCGGAUUGGGCCAGUGGCGCAGGAUUUGCUGCAGCGGCUGCUUUGUAAGGACCCCAAGAAGCGGCUGGGUGCGGGGCCUCAGGGGGCGCAGGAAGUCAAGAACCACCCCUUCUUCCAGGGUCUGGAUUGGGUUGCUCUGGCUGCCAGGAAGAUUCCGGCCCCAUUCCGACCCCAGAUCCGUUCAGAGCUGGAUGUGGGCAACUUUGCAGAGGAAUUCACCCGGCUGGAGCCUGUGUACUCGCCCGCUGGCAGCCCUCCGUCUGGGGACCCGCGCAUUUUCCAGGGAUACUCCUUUGUGGCACCUUCCAUCCUGUUUGACCGCAACAACGCUGUGAUGAUGGACGUGCUGGAAGGGCCGGGCUCUGGAGACCGGCCUGGCCGGGCAUCCUUGGCCAGGAGUGCCAUGAUGCAGGACUCACCCUUCUUCCAGCAGUACGAGCUCGACUUGCGGGAGCCGGCGCUCGGCCAGGGCAGCUUCUCCGUGUGUCGCCGCUGUCGCCAGCGCCAGAGCGGCCAGGAGUUCGCGGUCAAGAUCCUCAGCCGCAGGCUGGAGGCGAACACGCAGCGUGAAGUGGCUGCCCUGCGGCUGUGCCAGUCGCACCCCAAUGUGGUGAAGCUGCACGAAGUGCAUCAAGACCAGCUGCACACUUACCUGGUGCUGGAGCUGCUGCGGGGCGGGGAGCUGCUGGAACACAUCCGCAAGAAGCGGCACUUCAGCGAGUCGGAGGCGAGCCAAAUCCUGCGCAGCCUCGUGUCGGCGGUCAGCUUCAUGCACGAGGAGGCGGGCGUGGUGCACCGAGACCUCAAGCCCGAGAACAUCCUGUACGCCGACGACACGCCCGGAGCCCCAGUGAAGAUCAUCGACUUCGGGUUCGCGCGGCUGCGCCCGCAGAGCCCCGCGGGCCCCAUGCAGACGCCCUGCUUCACGCUGCAGUACGCGGCCCCCGAGCUGCUGGCGCAGCAGGGCUACGACGAGUCCUGCGACCUCUGGAGCCUCGGCGUCAUCCUGUACAUGAUGCUGUCGGGGCAGGUCCCUUUCCAGGGAGCCUCUGGCCAGGGCGGGCAGAGCCAGGCGGCCGAGAUCAUGUGCAAGAUCCGCGAGGGGCGCUUCUCCCUCGACGGGGAGGCCUGGCAGGGCGUGUCCGAGGAAGCCAAGGAGCUGGUCCGAGGGCUUCUGACGGUGGACCCGGCCAAGCGGCUGAAACUCGAGGGGCUGCGGGGCAGCUCGUGGUUGCAGGACGGCAGCGCACGGUCCUCGCCGCCGCUGCGGACGCCGGAUGUGCUGGAGUCCUCCGGGCCCGCCGUGCGCUCCGGGCUCAACGCCACCUUCAUGGCGUUCAACCGGGGUAAGCGCGAGGGCUUCUUCCUGAAGAGCGUGGAGAACGCGCCGCUGGCCAAGCGGCGGAAGCUGAAGCUGCGGAGCGCAGCCACCUCCCGCCGCUCCUCUCCCGCGCCCGCCGCCCCCGGCCGGCCGGCAGCCGCCAAGGGCGCCCCCCGCCGAGCCAACGGUCCCCUGCCCCCCUCCUAGGUCCUGGCCACCCUGACCCCCGCCCGAAGGGGACUGUGACCACCCGGCUCUCUGGCUCUCUCCUCCGCCUGUGGCAGCGCGCGUCCCGUCCCCAGGACUGCCCCCCCCACUCCCAGACAGAGCAGAAGUAUUUUUAUAAGCAGAGAAUUUUUUAUGUCUAACCAGAUAGAGUUUGCGAUGCAGGGAGGGAGGGGGACUUGUGGGUCUUGGGGAGCCCUCUGCCAAGAUGUUGCCUCCGCUUCUCCCAGGGGCUGCUCCCCAGGAAGGGCCCCUGCCCGGUUUCCAAGCACUGAGUUGCCCCUGGGAGAAACUGGGACCUCUCUCCCCUGCCUCUCCCUGUUCUCGGGAAGGGGCACCCCUCAAGCUGUCACUUUAUGGACUGUUUGUGCAAUUACGUCCACCAAAGACCUGUUUGGGGGGUUCAGGGAGCGGCCCUAAGGGACCCCCUGAAGCAUUUCUGCCUCACUUUAUAUCACCUGCUUCUCCCCAUUGGGGCUAAGGAAGGAAGUAGGCAACCCCCUAACCGGGGAGACCCCUUCUCACCCACCCCUCCCCUUUGGCACAGUUGCCCCUGGCUGGGGGUGGUUGGGAGUUUGGGGGUCUGGGCUGGGCAUGCGUUCACUGCCGCAGCCCAUCAAGGCUGUGCCUUUGACUUUAAAAUAAAAGUCCAGCCAGUGCUGUGUGCGGCA